GCCAUUGUGUGUCCCGGCCAUAUUGUCGUCCAGUAUAUUUGGCUGAGGCCCCUAGAUCUCUCUCCUCCGUAUCUGUGUCCCCUCCACUGACUGCAGGAGUCGCAGGAGGACAACAGGACACCCAGUGACUGAAAAUGGAGCCAGUGACCUUGGAGGAUGUGGCUGUGAACUUCACCCUGGAAGAGUGGACUAUGCUCAACGCAUGGCAAAAGCAGCUCUACAAAGAGGUGAUGCAGGACACCUUGAGGAACCUGUGCUAUAUAGGAAACAAACGGGAACACCAAAAUAUUGAAAAUGAGUAUGAAAAUCUCUGGAAAAAACUAAGUAGUCAGUUGUUGGAGAAACUCUGUAAAUAUACGGAAGGUCAUCAGUGUGCAGAAAUCUUUACCUGGGCUCCAGAGUGUGCUGGGAACCAGAAAUCAUGUCCAGGAGUUCCCCCAUAUGAAAGCCAUGUCUAUGAAGAAGUGGUUAUUGGCCAUUUAUCUCUGAAUGUCCCCCCUCAUCCUCACCCAGGACACAAACCGUAUGACGUUCAGGAAUGUGGGAAAGAGUUGUAUAAACACAAAGAAUCUGGGAGCACCUCCAAUCCCUCCACACCCUUUCAGAAGCAAAGAAGAGUCCAUGCCGAGGAGAAACCUGAAAGUAGUCAUUGUAAGGAAGACUCUAGGUGUCUCAUCUCCAGUCACAGUGACGACAGGACAUCCAGUGGAGAACAGCACUAUGAAUGUAAGCAGUGUGGGAAAGUGUUCACUUCUUCCAGCUCUUUUCGAAGGCACGAGGAAUAUCACAGCCGAGAGAAAGCGUACGUUUGUAAGCAGUGUGGGAAGGCCUUCCCCUUUCCUAGUUCCCUCCAAAUACACGAGAGGAUUCACACCGGUGAGAAGCCCUAUACGUGUAAGCAGUGUGGGAAGACCUUCGCCCGCUCCAGUUCCCUCCUGACACAUGAGAGAAUUCACACCGGUGAGAAGCCCUACGUGUGCAAGCAGUGUGGAAAAGCCUUCACCGAUCGCAGCUCACUUCGAUUCCACGAAAUGAUGCACAGUGGCGAGAAGCCGUAUAAGUGCACGAAGUGCGGAAAGGCUUUCGCUUCUUCGGGCGCCUUCCGAAAACAUGAGCGGACUCACACGGGAGAGCAGCUCUUCGUGUGUUUGCAGUGUGAGAAAGUUUUCAGCUGCGAGAGUGCAUUCCGGACACAUAAGAUAAUUCAUUCUGGAGAGUGCGUGUGCAAGCAGUGCGGCAAAGCCUUCACCAGUCACAGUUCCGUCAAGUACCACGAACUAAUGCAUAGCGGAGAGAAACCCUAUGUCUGUAAGCAGUGUGGGAAAACCUUCAGGUCUCCCAAACAAGUUCAGAUUCAUAAACGAACUCACACCGGAGAAAAGCCUUACGUUUGUAAGGAGUGUGGCAAAGCUUUUACUUUCCUCGGCUCCCUUCAGUACCACGAGUUGAUUCACACCGGUGAGAAACCUUAUCUGUGUAAACAGUGCGGGAAAGCCUUCAGGUCUUCUCGUCAGGUUCAGAUACAUGAGCGAACUCACACUGGCGAGAAACCCUAUGUGUGUAAGCAGUGUGGCAAAGCCUUCUUUUCUUUGUAUCACUUAAGAAGACACGAAGUGAUUCACAGCGGCACGAACCCCUACAUCUGUAAGCAGUGCGGGAAAGCCUUCAGUUGGUUCAGCACCUUUCACAGCCAUAAACAGACUCACACUGGCGAAAAGCCCUAUUUAUGCAAGCAAUGUGGGAAAGCCUUCUGUAGUCGCAUAUCGUGGAGAAGGCAUGAGAAGGCUCACACGACAGUGAAGCCCUAUGCGUGCGUGCAGUGUGGAAAAGCCUUCCGUUCUCCUAGUUAUCUCAAAAUACACGAAAGGAUCCACACCGGGGAGAAACCCUUUAUAUGUUCUCAAUGCGGGAAACCCUUCCGAUCUUUUCGUUAUGUCAAAUCCCACGAGAGAAGUCACACUGGAGAGAAACCCUUUGUGUGCACAGAAUGUGGGAAAGCCUUCAGUUAUUAUAGCUCUUUCCACAGACACAGAAGAACUCACCAGACAGUAACCUUGAACACAGAGCUUGAAAAGACUUCAUAACACCCAUAAGAUUGCAUAUGGAGAAAAACUGUAAAAGUUAAGCGAGUGAAACACCUGGCUCUACUCAUGGGUAAAGGAAACUUUAGGCCAGACAUGGUGUGGCACACCCUUAAUCCCAGCACUUGAGAGGCAGAGGCAGGGAAUCUCAGAGUUCAGGGCCAACCUCACCUAUAUACUGAGUUCCCUAGUCACCCAUGACUACAUAGUGUAACUGUUUCAAAAAAAGGAAAAAACAUGUUUGUCUGAAGAGUUGUCUUCAUUGGUACAUGUGCACAUGCUUCCCUAGUAAAAUCUUUGCUUGGCAGAGCAAAAGAAACUCAAGAGUAACAAGUAGUGGCCUAGUCCUUUGACAAUGUUUCAGAUGUUCAUUACCCUAAAUGUCAGCAAUGGGAAAAAUUUGAUACAGAUUUUUGUUUAAGAAUGCUUUAGAAAACGAAAAAUCUGAAGAAACUAUGUAAAUAUAUUGAACAUACUGGAAUUUAUUAGAGAUUUGUUUUUGCUUUUCAGAAAUAGUCUUGCCAUGCAACCCAGGCUGGCCUCGAACCAAUUAUAAUUCUGUUUCAACCUCUAGAGCGUGUGGGUGAAAGAUGUCUGCUUCCACACCUAGCAUCAGUAGUUCAUACUCCCCUCACCCGUUUGAAUUCUCCAGAAACGGUUUCUCCGUGUAGUACUGGCCAUCCCAGAACUCCAGACCACGCUGGUCUCAUCUCUCGAGAUGCACCUGUCUCUGCCUCCCUAGUGCUUGGAUUAAAGGUGUGUGCCACCACCACCUAACAUUCUUAGACCUUUUCAAACUCCAUGCUUCACAUUUUUGCUCUAGAAAACUGUCUCUAUUGUAGUUAAUUUUUUUUUAAAGAUUUAUUCAUUUAUUAUAUAUAAGUACACUGUAGCUGUCUUCAGACACACCAGAAGAGGGCAUCAGAUCCUAUUACAGAUGGUUGUGAGCCACCAUGUGGUUGCUGGGAAUUGAACUCAGGACCUCUGGAGGAGCAGUCAGUGCUCUAACCACUGAGCCAUCUCUCUAGCCUGUAGUUAAUUUUUAAAAUUAUGUGUCUGUUUAGAUCUGUGCACAUCCAUGUAGUUCCUGAAGAGGCCAAAAGGGGGUGUCGGAUCUCCUGGGGGUGGAGUUAGUAGUGAGUGUGAGCUGUCCCAUAGAGGGGGAUGGAACUGAGUCAUGGUCUCAAGACUGUUCUGUGCAAGAAAGUGGCACUGACCAUUUCUCUAGCCCCUAGAAAAUUACCUUGAAGGUGUGUAUGUGAGAUGAAGGAGUAUUUAAGUACAGCUAUGGAAACCUAAAAGACCUUAAAGAUAAUUCAAAACAAAAAGUGCACUAUCGUUACAUUAAUUUUAAUUUUGUAAGUUUUUUUUUUAAAGCAGUAUAUAUGGAUUUAAUGGGCGAUAUCUUUUUGUACCAAAUCAGGUAUUUUUUUUUUCUUUAAGGUAGAUCCAUUCACUGGUGAGUUGAUAAUUACUCGUAAUAUGCCAGGAGGCAUAAACAGUGUCUUGAUUUCAAGCCUUUGAGAUUAACGGGUGGGGGGAAAUGACUUUUUGUGUAUUUUGCCCCCACUUCAUUCACAGGACAAGUUGUUAGCAUUUUUUUUGUGGACUGUCAUUCUCUUCCGUGAGCAGAAACCACGUUUAUAGUAUACUUUUUUGUUAGCUUUUCUCCCUCCCUGAAGUGUUUUUUUUCUAGCAUUUCUUAUCUCCGUGACCUUUAAGCUGUUUUCAGACCACUUUAAGAUUAACAAAUGUUAACUCCUGUCUACGCAGAGGGUAGGUAUAAAUGUCACUCUGUAAUCACAGAUCAACAUCACACUUAUAAGCUGUUUCUAUGUCACAAGCCAUUUUUACUAUACCUGUCUAUUUAAUUUUGUCUCCUGUAAGUGUUGCUUUUUCAUGUUUAUUGUAUCUUUGAUGUUUAUUGUCAUUUCUGUCAUCAUACUAAGAUACGUUGGCAUUAGUGGUUUCUCGUCGAAGACUGUUAAGUAAUAAAUCGUACUGGAUCUCUCCAUGUGCAGUGACUGAGUGCGCCUCGUCAGUAAGAGCAUUGCAUAGGUGUUCUCCUUUCGCUCACAAGGACCAAUGAGAUUGGUUAAAUGUAGUUAGGUGCCUCUUGAAUAUACUCAGAUGUGAGUAUAAUUCUGCAUUUGGUAAUCGUCGUUACUCGGAGGUCCUCAAGUAAUGCAGAGAAGGAAGGUUUAAUCCAUGAGCAUGGCUGGACGAAGGAGUGAGGAGAGGGUACUUUGCUCAUUCUCGAGAUUCAGAAUGUUUUAUGCUUCCUUGGUUUUGCGGACAGCCUUACAGAGUGGCCUUUCUUUUGUCAUACUUUGGGACACCUCCCUUCCCAGCAGAAGGUUUGCCCUUGCUUCUGGACCAGUUUUUAACCUUUCUGGGUUUCUGUACCAACACAAUAUUUCCUUUAAUAUACUGGUCACUAGUCUUCACAAAUACAGAUGUUCCUAAUUACCCAUUUGGUUGUGUUCUGAGAAACCUAUGGGGAAGGGUACAAUUAAAUUUAAAAAGUGGUAUGUA